UACCUGUUACUUUUUACAACAAGGACACGGCGGACAUGUUGGAAAAAUUAUCUUGAUUUAGAAUCUAGUUGACGCUCGCUAAACGACGGAAGUCAUGACCCAGGCCAAGAGAAUGCUUAAAACAAACCAGAAGAUGUCAGUUCCACACUGCCAACCGACAGAGGUCACAAGCCUCGAAAGUUUUCUCAUAGCGACAGAGAGCGCCCUUGACCAUACGAUAUUUGCAUGUUUCUUAGUGAUUUUAGCAGUUGUGGAUAGUACCUUGUUUGUCGAGUAUUUUAAAACAUAUAAGCUCUUUAAUCUCACCGAAAAUGUCUGGAUUACGAAGACUAUUCUGGGCCUGCUCUCAAUUGUCGCACACUUGGCACUGGUUAAGAAAAUCACACGACUGGUUCGAAGACUGUUCGUAAUAGUCACAAUGGGCAAGGAUACAAGGAGUAUUAGAGACUUGAGAAAGGACCUGGCUACAAGCUUAAACGAUAUUCCUACCCUUAAACUGGAUGACGUCAUUCGGCGUUAUGCCUGGCAGAAGCUGCUAGAAAAAUCCCCGGAAUACGAGAGAGACUAUCUGUUGAUGCAUCAGAACCGCCUCACCUGUUACAUCAACUGGAAGGCGUUAACCAUUGAGCACGGCGUCCCCAAGUUUAUCACCAAGGUGAAGGACGGGAGUGUGAUCAAAACCCGCCGAGGAGAUGUAAAACCAGGCACCAAAUGGGUGACGCUUUUGUCAUGUUACUAUGACAACAAAGCCGGCAGUAAACAAUGUCACCCUUUUAAAGGAUCCCGUAAAACAGCAUCGUGGGUGGACGUGGACCUUGAACAGUGUUACACUGUCAACAAGCAGGUGUGUAUUAAGUUAAACCUUUCUGCAGUCCUAAUGCCGCUUUUACCAAUGGCCAAAGACAAUAACCUUAAUCUAAAAAUGGACAACCCAAGAUUUUUCCUUGAGACUCACACAUGGGAGGUUAACUCUCAGGUUGAAGUUGAGCCAUCGUCUCGAGCCCAUGCUCAGCUGUUAGCGAGACAAGAGUGCUCUGUCGUGGAGUUUGAGAUUGGAACCACUUUGUCCAACCCUAAAGGUGUGUUCGCCGUUACCUUCAAAUUUGAGAGUAGAAACACUGUACAUGUCGUGUACCUUGACAAUUUACUCGAGGCUUUUCAUCUUGAGGAAGCAGGCGGAGUUCUUCAACCCGAAGAAAGACCGUUUGUGGAGUUGAUUGAGAAGAAGUGGCUGGACAAAGAUGGCGUCGAGCACGUGACCUACCACCCCCAGAUCAUCACCCGGGGCUCUAUGGUCUGCCUCGGCUGGUCAGAACAGAAACUGGACAUCAAGAACAGUCCAUUGUCCAUGGACGAGUCCACUACUAAUGGAGACAACAACAUGGACAAGACGCUCGUCGGUCACACAGAAGAAGACACGAACGCCAGUUCCUUCUUUGUUGUCAAUUAGCUACACAUGUAUUCAUUCUUACACAGGAGUCGUACGUGUAGUCUAUGUGGUACUGUAAGUCAUGGUAGGGUUGUUAAAACACCAGCACACAAAUCUACUAAUGUAUACAUUUAUCUGUUUUAAUUUGAUCUUAGUUUAUAUUUUUACUAAUUAUAUAAUUAUCUAGGCCGUUUGUUGUGGCUGAAUAGGAUGAAAUUAAAAAUGAAUAAACCAUCCUUAAUUUA